AUGCCGCAGCUCCUUCGAAAUUUGACCGGCUUGCUCUUCAUGAGACAGGGCCUCGCUGCUAACUCGUCAGGAGGCUGGGGGCAAGGGCGGCAGCUCUCUGCCCUGGGCAGUGAAGGUAGGCGCCAGCCUAAUGGCAUCUCGCCCGCGGCACCCGGCAAGCACUGCCUUAACACGGACACUGUUGGCAAAGCGCUCGCUGGAGUUUCCUUUGUAGUUGGGGCUGUGUCAACUGCCGCCGCCCCCGGGCAGGGCCAAGGCGUACAAGUAGACACGCAGCUGCUGCAGAUACGUGAGCCAGGUCUGUUUGCUGCCUGCUGCGUCAUCCUUGUCGCCCUGCUCGGCGAUGUAGAGCAGACUCCCAGCCACCCGGCGGCGCUUGCAGUGGAUGUGCGUUGGUUCAAGACGGACCUCACGUCAAAUAUCUACGAC